CUACCGAACUAACCAAUUGUUAUAUUGAUAGCUAUAUAAAUUUUAGUACAUGGCUCUAUGAUUUAUUAUCGUUAGUAUAUUGAUAUAAGAUUACAACGAAUUCUAGGCGCUGGCUGACUACAUGUGUAAUAACAGUGGUAGUGUCCUUCCGUACUUCCGCAACCGUUUCUAAGGUAACCUUUUCCUGUGGAACUGACUCUUCCCCGUUUGCGAACUACAAGUGAAUGGGCAUUUAGGUAGCCAUUAUUUUUGUUUUGUGCUGCUUUGUUUUAUUUAUCUGACCACAAAAUGCAAUCAUCAUCGACGAACGUAAGUGACGUGGUGUUUGGACAACUACAAGACGUCAUUCGGAUACAACAAAGCGUUAUCUUGAGACUGAAUGAGAAGCUAUCCCUUCAGGACAAAGACAUGGUGCCAUUUGAUAAAUAUGCAGGACUUGUUUCUGAACUAAAGGAGGAAAGACAUCAACACAACCAGACAAGGGAGCGGUUCUUGAAGGAGUCAGAGAAACUAAACUUUGCCAUGGGAGAGAUACAGGUUCUUAAAGGACGACUGGAAAGCGAAAGGGAGUCUUUUGAAAAGGCGCUACACAACGAGAGGAACAGAGCAAAGAAGGAGUCUGCCAAAAAUGACAAACUGAUCAGCAAGUGUGACCGCAUCAAAUCCAUCAUUAUGAAGCGCGAAGGCAUCCUAAAUGAGAAAGAGAAUCAAAUAAAGGAGCUGCAGACCAAACUGGACAAGCAGAGGAGAACUCUGAAUGCUCGGCUGACAGAGCUGGACAUCCGGAGGCAGCAGGAGGAGUACAUGGCCAGGGUGCUGCAGCAGAGGAGUCGAGUCGAGGGAGCAGCAGGUCACAGCUCACCACGCUGAGCGGCCGCGUGGGUCAUAAGAAAGAGGCUAAUUGAUCCAGUGUCCCAGCAGAGAAAAAACGCUGUUGCAGUAGCUCUGCCCACAGGCCGAGGAGCUGGGCCGUCUACCUUUUUGUGACAGUUUCCAUGUGAGACUUCUGCCCAUUUGCGGGAGUUGCACUGGGACAACUGAGCAAGGUGGACGUCUUGGACACAUUCACUCCGUCAGUAUAGUUGUAGUGAAUGGCAAAAGGGAACA